GUCGUGACCCGCCCUUUGUGACCUCUUGCAGGCUGAUCUCACACUGCGCUCGGUGACAUCAGUGCCUGUCAUGGAUGUCGGCCAUCUGUUCAAUGCAAUAAAAAAACACCCUGUUCUCGCUUGCAUUACCUAUGUUGACCUUGCCAGUUUCAUCCGACGUGCUAGCCUCCUUAAGGAUGAUAUCCUUCAACCCCAACCUCAGCGCAUCUCUGUCUCCCAUGCACCCGAUGUGCUUCCAGACAGUGUCACGAAGUUUCUCGCUAUGUCUCUCGACAUGUCAUCCGAUGCAGUCGAUAAUCUAUGGUACAUUGUGAAGGAUCUCGUCUGGGAACUGCCAAUGAGUGCUGAGACAAGCGCUGAGGAUGAAGUUGCAUUCAAGCUCCAUGGCUAUGAACUAGGACUUGUGGGAUGCACACUAUAUCCACCAGUCAAGACUUGCAUCAACCACGACUGCACCGCAUGGCAGCAUGGCACACUGCUGAAGAAAGAGGAACAGCGCCGCAUUGUCAUAUUUACUCACAGCGAGGGCGCAAAGCCUGCAUGGACAGUGCACUUAAAGUGUCGAGAAUGCAAUACGAACUACCAGUUCAACUACAGCGUCAAGGACCAGCUCCGAACAUACUACAGCGGCAUCCCACAACACAUUCAAGUCUCAGACCAUCAAUUUGUCGAGCUCAACCUUGCCAUGCAUUGGAUGGACCUCAUGCAGAUCGCUGUUUCAGCGACGAACUGUGGUCAUUUGUAUGGCAUUGCCCAGACACGUCGCACUCAUGAUGACACCGACCACUGGCAAUUUGGGAAUGUAAUCACGACAGAGCAAGUCUGGGACUGCUUUGUAAUACUUGCCCUA